UGCUUUCCUUUUCCAGCUGAAAAUCUGAGUUAUUUGAUGUUUUCUGAACGGCUGCUGUCACAUAUUUAUCUUUGUCCUCUUUCAAUUUGCCUUUCCUGUGUCUACUCUCCCUUUUUAGCUGUGACACCAGAAUUGCAUAAUAAAUUUUUGUAGUGCCGUACCAGUAACUUCUGUUCUGCUCUUAAAAAUGUUCUUCUUGCCUUUUUCACUGCUGCAGAGCACUGGAUGCCACUCUGAAGGUGAUUUCUCUGGUCAGCUUUUAGCUUAUUUGAGUCUUGGCCCAAUAUUCAUUAUUGUUGGCUUUGUAACACUCAUCAUAUUCAAGAGAGAGCUUCACACGAUCUCGUUCUUGGGAGGGCUGGCAUUCAACGAGGGAGUGAACUGGUUAAUAAAAAAUGUAAUCCGGGAGCCUCGGCCGUGUGAAGAAGCCCAUUCAACAGUGACCACAAAAUAUGGGAUGCCGUCCAGCCACUCCCAAUUCAUGUGGUUUUUCUCUGUCUAUUCCUUUCUGUUCCUUUAUUUAAGAAUGCACCAAACAAACAAUGCGAGGUUUCUGGAUUUACUAUGGCGACAUGUGCUGUCCAUCUGCCUCGUCACAGUGGCUUUGCUAGUCUCAUAUAGUAGGGUUUAUUUGCUUUACCACACCUGGAGCCAAGUCCUAUAUGGAGGUGUGGCAGGAAGCAUCAUGGCCAUAGCCUGGUUUGCCUUCACACAAGAGAUCCUAACUCCUCUCUUCCCGAGGAUAGCUGCGUGGCCAAUUUCAGAGUUCUUUUUAAUCCGAGACACCAGCCUCAUUCCCAACAUCCUGUGGUUCGAGUACACAGUCACGAGAGCAGAAGCAAGGAACAGACAGCGCAAGCUGGGAACGAAGCUCCAGUGACGCCGGAACGCGGGACCAGAGUUUUACCGGAGACAAGACAAGAGCAGAGACCUGGGAGCAGCAAAGGAGCCCUUAAACAGACGGACCAAAGGAACAGGCAGGGACCAUACCCAAAAAACCUGAAAGCCUUUGCUCUGCUUUAGCAGCUAAGCUGGAUGCUCCCUGAUGCAUGUGGGACCGUGCAGGAGUAGAAGCUCAUUUCCAACACAGAUGCACAUUGCCGGUCGAAUGUACCAUCCUGUCUACGUCAGGGGAGGGGGGAGGAAAUGCCUGGUGUCGUGUUCGGGGGAGGGAAAACCAAAAAAUGAAUCCUUUCUGUGACUUUUUUUUUUUUUUUUUCCGUUUCUGUUUUUCCAGCAUGAAAUAUACACACUAUUUAUUUAUUUUUUUAAAUGGAACUAUUGUUUUUGGGGUGGGUGAGGCGUUGAUUGUGUGUUUGGGGGGUUUUUUGCCUUUUUUUUUCGGGGUUUUUCUUUUUUUUUUUUUUUUUGGAAGAAGAUGACAAAACUAAUCUCAAGUGGAUCAUGUUUAAGUAGGGCUUUUAACUCUUACAAAGUUCUUCGGAGGGAGGGGAACUAGGAUGGGGUGACCUAGAUGGAAGGGAGAGGAAGACUUUCCUUUCUGCAACCAGUUUGGGAGAUCAAAAUCAAUUCCAACUGCACUUUGUACAGACAGAAAGACAGACUAUAAAGAUCUGAUUUUUAACACUAGUGACAGUUCUGCAGGGAAGCCUGCACGGAUACCAAUUAAGGGGAGUGUGUGUGUAAAACAAAGGAAAAACACAAAUAUACUGACUCUUAUUUUUUUUUCCACUGCUGCUCCUGUUGUGUAAUUAGCGAGGGUGUCCUUCUCAGAAUCUCUUCUAGGUGGCAAGAUUAUCGUACAUAUCUGACAUUUAUUCCAUCUCUUCCUUUACACUCGUAUUACCUCAGGGUUGCUGUGAUCUGUACAGCUUUUUGUUGUACUGAGAGUGCUGAGGGCACUGGGAAGCCCAUUGGUUACAAGCAGUGCUGUGCUCCAGCAAGAGUCAGCCCAAAGCCUUACAAAAUUCAGUUGCUGCUCUCUGUCUUAAGCACUGGAUUUUUAAUUUUUUUUUUUCUGUUACAGCUUAAGGGAGGGAUUUUUAGGAACAAACACAGUGACAACCGUAAAUGAACAAAGCAAAUGGCUAAUAAGUAGCUCAGCUGCUCUCUGAAUUACUCCUUGAAGAGUCCUGUUAGAAUCCAGCCAUGAACUCCAAGUAGGGAACUUGUGAUGGCAGGAGCCUCUGCUAGGACCACAGGAGCUUGUUAGGGGGGAGGGUUCUGCAGUUGUAGCCUUGAAUGCUGAAUUCCUACAAGCAAGUUUUGCUUUCCAUCCUUCUUCCAUCCCGGUUCUCCGUGUGGCCAGUGGGCUCUCUGUGUCUCUGUGGGAGUGUGCCUGCCAUCUCUGUGUGCUGGUGAUGCCUCCGACCUCUGUGACCCAUGAGUUCACCUGGCAAGGGCUAAAACUCCAAGUGCUUCAGGGCUGUGCAUGGACACUUUCUGUAUUUCUAGUAUAUAAUGCAGCAGUUCGAGUGUAACUCCACAGAAGUAUUUAUUCAAAGCACAAUUGACUUGAACUUCCACAGAUAAAAGGACAGCUUCUCAACUGGCUCAAAGGUCAUCGGUGUGCCUUCGAUGCAGUCAUGUGAGCAGAGGUAAAAUGACUGUCACAUCUCGGUCUUGCUGCCUGUUUUACUAUCUCCACUUUAAUCAGACUCCUGCAUUAUAAAGCUGCUUGAAGUGAGAUGUUUGGUUUUUUCCUGUUCAUCUUGGUUAUUUUUUUAUUAUUUUUUUUUUUAAGUUUUCAUCUGUGCCUGUUGCUAUAGGAGUUUCUGUGUUCAUGUGGAGUGGGAGGUGCUGUUGGACAACCAGAGUGUUAACUGCAGAAAGGGGCCUGAUCCAGGAGAUCAGGAAUGAAAGCUGUUUAAAUUUUGGUGUUUAAAUACUUAUGGGUAGCAAAUUAACUGUUGUCAGUUGUCACAGCAAGUAUAAAUAUUUUUUUUUUUUAAGAACUGUUUAGUAUUUACAUAACAUGAGCAAUCCUGUGACAUCUGAAGGACCCGAGCACUGGAUCUGCUUUGAAGGUGCAUCAUAAUAAAGAGGCAUCUUGCAGCUCUGACAAGGAUCUGACUUAGACCAGCUCUGUUAGGAUGAGACAGGACAUCAGACAGGCCCUGUGACAUGGUGGUACCAUAUGGUUCAGCCUGAAAACUGGUACUAAUCACUUAUGUCUUUCAAAACCAUUUAUUUUCUCUUUAUAUCUCUAUUGUUAGUGAACUUACAAAGCCAGAAUGGAGAUCACAGCUCUCUUUCCCAAGGCCAGGGCUGAAAGAGAGGAUUGUUUCAGGAGUGGCUUAGCACUUCCCCAGCCUCUCAAGCUGUUAUGACAAACUGCUGGAAAAACUGUAUCUGGAAGCACCUACUGAGAACCAGAGCACAGGGAAGAGGGUUCAUCUCCUCGUGGAGAGCAGUGUAGUGUAAAAAGCUGUUCCACUUCAUGUUGCCUUCAAACCCAACCUUCCUACAGUAAUUCUUAGGAGUGAGGGAGAAGAAGAAGAGCUCUUUUAAGACAUUGUAAUAAACUCUCCUCUGUUCUGUGAGUUGUUUGUAAUCUGCAUCUUCUGCCUACUUUUGCUGUACCUUUUCAGAAAUCUUUGCAAUACUUGAUACAGUAGAAAUUCCUUAGUGGUUCCCUGGAUUUUCUUAACUAAAUGGUGCUGUGCAGGAAAAAGAUUUGGGCUCUGCCUUAUUAUCCUACCCUUGUGUGAAGUCUCCUGCCACUAGUUUUCUGAAAUGGAAUAUUUUCUUUGGAAUAUGUGGCUUUGCAAGCAGAUGAUGCUUUCUAUUCCUCCCCUGUACUCCAGGGGGCUGGAUACAGAUAAGACAAUAAAAAGGAAGGUGACAGAA